CUGGCAUCUGCUAAGAAAGGAUUAUACGAAGUUGAAUGGCCUGAAAGAUUGAGUACCACAAAGAACACCUUUUGAUGGAAAGCAAUGAGUACAGAAGCUCUUCAGAAUAGGUUUUAUAGCCAUGUGGAAGUAACUAGCUGGAAAGGUAGGUGUGAGAAGCAUGCUGCCUGUGAGAUGAAUUUAGGAGGAGCUUCAGGUAGGCUGGAGGACAAGAACAGAAAUCAAAUAGUCUUGUCAAACUGAAGGUAUGGUUGAAAACUGACUUCUAUUCAAUAGGUGCAGAUACUUAUUGAACAAGCAGGUGUAAUAAAUACUCAACUGCAGAAUGGAAAACAAUAGACUUGGUAGUGCUUUCACGGAGGGGGAAAAAAUGGUUAGAGGAGAUCACAGGUUGAGCACGGUUCAGUGGUAGCAUGCUAUUCUGAAAACAGCCUGCAAAAUCAAAGAAGUUGUGCAGGACUAUUCCUUCAGCAUUACUCUGUUGUGUCUCAUCUUUGGGCACCGUAAUUCAAGACAGGCCUGUUAAGUGCUGUGUCGGGAAAAUGGUAAAUGUCUUCUGUAAGAAAUAUCAGGUGAUUAAGCAGUGGAAGAGAGGACAGUUAUGUCCUUUUUGAGUGUUUGUAACAAGCUUCCCCCAUGUCAGCCUUCAGAGAAAGGAAACAAAUUGUUCCUUGUCUGCAGUAGAUAAGAAAAUAGUCAUAGGUUUAAAUUUCAAUAAGUAAGUUUCAGGCUAGGUGAGAGCAAAGCACUCGGAGAUCGCCUGCAGCAAGCAGUGGAGCCUCCACCAUUGGCAUCGGUAAGGACAGGUUAGACAAAUGUCUGUCAGAGUGAUGAGAGUGUAAACUGUCCAUCCUUGGUGGAUGAGCUGGGCUAGACUUCAGUUAGGCUGUCCUUCAGGAAACAUGAGGGUGUCCUUCCAGCUGGCUGCAGGCACAGUCCUUCACAAGCAAUCUCAGUCUCGUUAGAAGCCAUUUCCCUAUGUCUCUGAAAAAGACUUAUGGGCUUUUUUCUUUUUUUUUUAAUUUAGAAGGCUUUCUUUUAGGAAGACAACAUAAUCAAUUUUUUCCUUCAUUGACUCUUCCUAUUAAUUGCCUAAACAAGUGCUCUGUGAACUCUAGUCUUAUUUUAUUCCACUUUACAUUUAAAUGACUUGGCAGAUUCUGUUACAUCUACCUGUGUUCUUUCAACAGAAGGAAGGAGGGCUAAUUAUGUCACUUCAAGAGCAAUAUACUGAAAUAUAACCUAUAAUUCAGUCUACCUCCCAAAUACUAACCAAAGUGGAAAGAAAAAACAAUCUGAAGACUAAAAAAAUGAAAUCUUCAGGAAUAAACUGAAGUUUCUUAACUGUGUCCUGGACCCGCCUGUCCUAGCUGUAGUGUGCUGGGUGUGUGUUGAUUGUGCAGGUGUGUGUAUCUGUCUCAGGUGACCAUCCUUUACAGACUGAAGGGGAAACUUUGGAUGAAGAUGUACCGAUGGAAGAUGUGACAAAAGGUGUGAGAGACAUCAGUUGGGUGAGCAUUGUGCCCAGCCUUGCAGUGUUGGUGGGAGGCCUGGACACACCUUUCCUGUUUCAUACUUGACUGGUCUCAGCCUUUGGUCCUGCAAAGCGUAGCCUCUUGCAGCCCGACAGUUUCCAGCUGUCCCCAGUGCUGCUGGCUGUGCAGCACUGCUCUGCUAUGUAAAGCUCUCAGCAAGGUACUAUAAGGGCCUUUUUCGGUGCUUUGAAUGAAUUAAGAAACUACUGAAAUGCUACCAGAAGCCUGCCUGAUUUUUAGACUCCCCACUUGUUCUUUGCCUGGGACCAUUGAAACUACUACGAUUGUCUGGCUUGAAGCUCGCACGUUGUUACUUCUCAUGCAGUGACUGUCUUGCUUCUGCAUCAAAUGAUGGUUCAAGCCCAUGUCCCUACUCCUUAUGCCAUUAGUGCAUGCCACUAGAGAUGCUUGCACAACAGCUGUGAGUUGGACAUUGCCUAUUUCUGUACUAGUCAACAAGCACUUUCUGCUAAUAGCAGAGCUGGUCAGAACUUUAGAGUGUUUAAGGAGGGUUUUCUUGUGAUUUGUUUGUCUCCAUCCCCACAUUUCUCAGGUUUCUGUUAGCUCUAGGUGUCUCUCCAACAACAAGGAUGCUGCGUAAACCUGGACAACUGUUGCUAACUGGCUGCAUCGCGUUCUGGAGAGGGUGAAAAAGAAUUACUUGAUUAAAAGUGCUUGAACAGAGUGGGAAGCUGCACAUAUAUAUGAGUUUGGUUAGGGUUGUGCGCAGAAGUAUAUUGUGAAGAACUACUUCUACUACUACUUGUUCAAGUUUUCAGCUGCUUUGGGCGAAGAGAUUUUUUAUAUUACUUUCCUUCCAUUUACCUACUGGAACAUAGAUCACUCUGUGUCUAGAAGGAUGAUAAUUAUUUGGUCUAUAGUGAUGUACAUAGGGCAAGUCUCCAAGGACAUCCUGAAGUGGCCUCGGCCCCUCUCGCCACCUGUCGUCAAGCUGGAAAUGAGGACGGAUGCAGAGUAUGGGAUGCCUUCCACCCAUGCCAUGGCAGCUACCGCCAUCUCCUUCUCCUUUCUCAUUGCGACCAUGAACCAGUACAAGUAUCCAUUCGAACUAGGCCUGGUAGCAGCGUUUGUGUUUUCGACGCUGGUAUGUCUCAGCAGGCUUUACACAGGGAUGCACACAGUCCUGGAUGUGAUCGGCGGAGCGCUGAUUUCAGCUGUGCUGCUCGUGCUCUUGUAUCCUGCGUGGGACAUGAUAGAUCACUUGCUGUUAACUAGUCCUUUCUGUCCACUGCUUUCCAUAGUUGUGCCACUUGUCUUAUGUUACAACUACCCCAAACUAGACUAUUACAGCCCUACCAGGGCAGACACCACUACUAUCUUAGGAGCAGGAGCUGGAGCAACUGUGGGAUUUUGGUUAAAUAACCAGUAUGCUGCACCAGCCUACACUGGCAAAAAUUUUCAGCUUGUAUUUCCUCUGAUCACCAGUAAAAUAGUGGUGGUCGUGCUAGCCAGGUUUUUCGUAGGGAUAUUUGUUGUUCUGCUGACACGCCAGCUCAUGAAGAAUGUGGUCCUUGGCAUGCUGGGUUAUCGGUACAAGUUUCCCAUUGGUGACCUGGAAGCCCGGAGACGACUGGAAGUCGAAGUGCCAUAUAAAUUUAUAACGUACUCCUCAGUUGGCUUCAGUGCUACCGUGAUUGUGCCACUGCUGCACAAGCUGUUAGGAUUGAUGUGAGCGUAGUGCCUUCCUUACAAAGUAAUGUAUGGCACCACCAUUUCAGAGAUGCGAUAAGUCAAGCAAGGCUGGUAACUUGACCAGAAAGUGUUUUGUGCCUUUCUGCACUGGUGUGGUGGGUUGACCCUGACUGGACGCCAGGUGUCCACCAAAGCCGCUCUAUCACUCCCCUUCCUCAGCGGGACAGGGGAGAGAAAAUAUAACAAAAAGCUCAUGGGUCGAGACAAGGACAGGGAGAGAUCACUCGCCAGUUACCGUCAGGGGCAAACCAGACUCAACUUGGGGAAAUUAAUUUAAUUUAUUACCAAUCAAACCAGAGUAGGGUAAUGAGAAAUAAAACCAAAUCUUAAAAACACCUUCCCCUUCACCCCUUCCUUCUUCCCAGGCUCAACUUCACUCCCAAUUUUCUCUACCCGCCCCCCCCGCAGUGGUGCAGGGGGACAGGGAGUGGGGGUUACGAUCAGUUCGUCACACGUUGUCUCUGCUGCUUCAUCCUCCUCAGGGGCAGGACUCCUCACGCUCUUCGCCUGCUCCAGCAUGGGGUCCCUCCCACGGGAGACAGUCCUCCCUGAACUUCUCCAACGUGGGUCCUUCCCACGGGCUGCAGUUCUUCACGAACUGCUCCAGUGAGGGUCCUUUCCAUGGGGUGCAGUCCUUCAGGAGCACACUGCUCCAGCGUG